AUGGACCAGCCCCGCGAGCGUCCGCUGGCCGUGGCCAUCACGCCCAACGACGGCAGCGCGCAACUGGUCACACCCACGAGCAACACUCCGGUCAGCGCUGGCAACAAUGGUGGUCAAUCUGGCGCCGCUGCGCCCAAGGAUCAGAUGCCUGGCCACCCAUCAUUCCGACGACAAAGAGCAUCGCGAGCCUGCGAGACUUGCCAUGCCCGGAAGGUCCGCUGCGAUGCCGCUAGUCUCGGAGUGCCGUGCACCAACUGCGUCGCCUUUUCCAUCGAAUGCAAGAUCCCGGCGCCAAAGAGGAAGAAGACAGGAGGGAAGAAGGAUAACGACAGGUGGGUGAUGGAGGAUGCAAUAGCGGCAGACGACGAUCGAUCACCAGCAGUCGCGAAUGAUGCUUUUCCAGGACGAGGAGAGAUGGUCAUGACACGCGACAUUCCCCCAGAGAAGAUUGGUAUGAAUACUUCCGCGGGUAUGCCCAAGACGGAAGGCUCGGACGCGUACUAUGCGAGCCAACAAGCCUCCAACGGAACCUACGCACAGUACAUGAAACCAAAGUUUGCACGAGCACCCAUCAAGGAAGCUGGACGUGUGGCAUAUCUUGGCGAGUCUUCGAAUUUGUCCCUACUGGUUCAGGAUCGUCUCGGAGCGACUGAUGUAGUUCACUACCCCUUACCGGAGAAUGUCCGCGGUGCUCGAGCACGGAUCAACGAACUCGAUAAUGUCGAGAUUGACAUCCUUCACCAAAGAGGAGCCUUUCUCCUCCCACCGCGACAACUAUGCGACGAACUGGUCGAUGCAUUCUUCACUUGGAUCGCGCCGGUUGUGCCUGUCAUCAAUCGCAGCAAGUUCAUGCGACGAUAUCGAGACACGAAGAACCCGCCCUCUCUGCUUCUACUCCAGGCAAUUCUGCUGGCAGGAUCGCGAGUCUGCAGCAAUCCGCAGCUGAUGGACGCCAACGGCUCCACGACACCCGCGGCCAUGACGUUUUACAAACGAGCCAAAGCGCUCUACGACGCUAAUUACGAGGACGAUCGCGUGACCAUUGUUCAAGCACUGAUUUUAAUGGGUUGGUAUUGGGAAGGACCAGAGGGUAAGGGACUAGCACCACCAGACGCAUCCGUUAUGCACCUUCAGUCUGACGUGGCUGCAGACGUGACGAAAAACGUCUUUUACUGGAGCAGAGUUGCCGUUAUUGUUGCGCAAGGCUCAGGCAUGCACAGAAGUGUGGAGCAAUCACAGCUCAGCAAAGCGGACAAGAGACUCUGGAAACGAAUAUGGUGGACACUGUUCACCCGCGAUCGUUCCGUCGCUGUCGCUCUCGGCCGCCCCGUCUCCAUCAACAUUGACGAUUCCGAUGUUGAGAUGGUCACCGAGGACGAUUUCAUCGACGACGAACCCGACCGACCGGCAGAAUUCCCACCAGAUCCCACUCACGUCCACUUCUUCCUCAACUACGUCAAGCUGUGCGAGAUUAUGGGUCUUGUGCUCUCUCAACAGUACUCUGUGGCGAAAAAGGAACGGCGCAACAAUGCGCUCGACCUGACGCACAGCGAUAUGGCACUUGCAGACUGGCUUCAGAAUUGUCCUCCAGAAGUGCGGUGGGAGCCGCAACGUCACCACUUCUGGUCCGCUCUUCUUCAGUCAAACUACUACACCAUCUUGUGUCUUCUACACAGAGCUCACAUGCCACCAGCAGGGGCUGUUGAUGCUCGACCAAUGAACGGCUACCCCGAAGAGACCGCCUACCCAUCCCGAGGCAUUGCCUACCAAGCCGCCGCGAUGAUCACCUCGAUCAUCGAAACGUUACAGAAGCACGAUCAACUUCGAUACACGCCUGCAUUCAUUGUUUACAGUUUAUUCUCCGCGUUGAUCAUGCAUGUCUACCAGAUGCGCUCGUCCAGUCAGACGAUCGUGUCGGCUACACAAGCACGGCUGACGAUCUGCAUGAACGCGCUCAAGGAUGUUUCCAAGGUCUGGCUGGUGGCCAAGAUGGUGCACACUCUGUUUGAAUCCAUCCUCGGAAAUAAAGCUCUCGAAGAGCGGUUGCAGAAAGCAGCAGGCAGGCGGCACGCCAAAAACAAGCCCAGCACCACACAACGAAGGCCGGGCAACAAUCCCGCCAACACGGAUGGACCUGACGCGCAGAAGCGUAAGUUUGAUGACAUGGAAAUGGGUUACUCAAACGGACCUCCUGCCCCGCAAAUGUCGUACGAACGAUCGCGGCCGCAGUCACCGGUUCUGUCGCCUUCACAAGGCAUCCCAUCGGGUACACAGGCUCCCGACAUGCAUCAACUACCCAACAUCGCCGCUAGCAGUCCCGUGAUCCGACAGGGUAAUGAUGCGUUCAUGGGCCGAUCACGACCUCACACUCGGCCCGGUUCACCCUUCAAUGGCUUCUCCAUCCCCGGCACACCACCCGACUUCUUCCUGCACACGCGGGGCUCGCCCAAGAUCUCCGAGGAUCUGUGGCAGAAUUACCAACCCGACCAGCUCUUCCCUCCAGAGGCCAACUCCCUCUUCCCUGUCGUCACCAACAGUCCCGUUCAAAACAUGGUCGAUCCCGCACUUCGUGGAAACAUCGGUCAACCACAAUUCAAUCCUCAACAUCUUCAAAGUCCAUCACAACUCCACGCUGGUCACAUGCCCAACAUGGUCGACGGCAGCACCGUUCAGCCGAUGGACUACCACCACGAUGCGGCGGCGUGGACAUCGAUGAACCAGGCGAAUACGGCACGGCCGGAUGAUGUGUGGAGUAAUUCUUCUUCUACAACCGGCGGUCCGAUCGUGCCGACGACGUUGAAUGUGGGGGAUUGGUUCGAGUUUUUUGGGAUUCAGAAUGCGGGGGAUUUGAAUGGGUUGAAUGGAUUGAAUGGCGCUUCGAAUGGGUACGGUUGA